AUGUCACGCGGGUCCAAAGAUCUGGCAAAGGACCACGAAGAGGCCGGGCAGAGACGUGGCUACGGCGAAGUCUUGUAUGACGGCACGCCGGACAUCCCUGUUGUAACCUCCAAGGACUUCUACGCAUUUCUCCGCAAGGAGCUCGCCAAGUCAGGCGGGGCGCUGCUUUCUGCCAAAGGCAUCCGCAAGGCACUUGAAGAGGCCAAGAUGGGGUUGAAGCGCACGUCGUUGCAAAUCAAGCAGUUUGUCAGCCGCGAGAACAAGAAACGGAACACAACAUUGGCCCGCGACACAGAGGGCAAGAAGUUGCAGGCAGAGCUUCGCACCAACACGGCAGAGUUCGGGGUAUGCUUGCCCAGCCAGGAGCUGCACGCGCUACGCUGCACGCGAUUCCUCCCAACAGCAGAGCUGUUCAGCGCUGUCUGGAAACUGAUCUUGCCAGAGUUGCAAGCAGCUGGCAAGGGAGAGGUUGUGGCGUACCUGCGGGACGGGCUUCUGGCUGAGACGACGCUGCUCUGGGCAGAUUACUGGAGCGGGGUGCUUGGCACACACCCAGGAAGCGCCACGGGGACCCAGACCAUUGAGGCCUUCCACAGUUUCUGGCACGAGCAGAUUCGCAGAAAAGCCCGGAGCAAGCCGGGCGAAGUUUUGCUCCGCAUGCAGGGCCUGUACCAGAAGGAGUGGAAGGCACACAUCGUGGCAGACUCAGCUACCCACAGGGCCUCACUGUGGCCAACAGAGCCAGAUCCUCUGUUUGUAAGCGGCACAGGCCUGCACCGUCUGGGGCAAAACUCCGCCGAAGAGUACUGGGCAGCGCGACAAAAGCGGAAUGUGCAGAAGGCCGAGGACAAGAGCACAAACACAACUUUUUAUGUGCUUCGAGCCCAGAAGACUGACAAGGAGGAGCCAGCGCGCGCAAAUGUCAGUGAGGCCAUUGCCCAGCGCAUUGUGCGCCUCAUUCUUCUGGCCGGGCCUGACCUCGAUGCAGCCUUGAGUGAGAGUGGUGUUGUGAGGCAGGUGGACACAGGUGCGUGGAAACUAGAUCUCGCCAGCUUGGACCUGCUUUUCAAUUGCCACUGUGUCGUGAUGACCGGAGACCUGCCACGCAAGUACUAUGCACGCUAG